AUGUCGGCUGACCAUACUGUUUACUUAUCUGAGUUCAGCCCGCGACCCGCUUGGUUGACCCGUUGGGAGAAAAUCAGGCGCGGUCGCGGACGGUGGGUCGUCGAGUUCGUGGCUGAAGCGACGGCUACUUUCUUCUACACGUUUGCUGGUACAGGUUCAACAGCUGGAUAUGUCUUGGGAAAUAUACUUGGCUUGAAUCUCAGCAGUGUAUUGCAAGUCGGUAUCGCAUAUGCUGUCGGUAUCGUAAUGGCUCUCACCAUCUGCCUUACCACAUCGCAUGGCCACGCGAAUCCAGCAUUCACGAUCUGUGCCAUGAUCGCAGGAAAAUGCUCGCCUACGAGGGCUCUUAGGCUGAUUGUGGCACAGAUUGUCGGAGCCUACAUCGCCUGCCUGGUAAUCUACGUACAAUAUCACAACUUAAUUGAGGAAGCAACUGCAGUAUUGGUUGAGAAGGGCGUAUACGAUGCAGUCAUGUUCACUGUCCAAGGGCCAGCAGGCAUCUUCGGGCUUUACGUUACUAAUGAAAAUCUCGGAUACGUCGUCUUCAACGAGUUCGUCUGCGACUUCGUUCUCGCUCUGGUUAUCUUCGGCGCCAUCGAACCCACCAACGCGUUCUCGCCGCCCGUCAUGGCGCCAUGGAUCAUCGCCUUGACCUACGCUGUCGUGAUCUGGGGCUAUUCACCACCAGGCCUGGCGGCAAACUCAGCGCGUGACAUCGGCGGCCGCCUUGCAGUUCUCACACUUUGGGGUCUGAAAGCAUCCGGGAGCAGGUACGCGGCUAUCGCCGCACUCACGAACAUCCCUGCGACUUUACUCGCGGGCCUGUUCUACGAGUGCAUCUUCAACGAUUCCAAUCGAACUGUGACGUCGGCGUAUCUCGAGCUUGCCGCUGCCGAGAAGGCGCAUCAGACCGUCAUUGUCGAAUCCAUCGAAAACGAUGAUGGAUCGUCGAAAGGCAGCCCGUUGCCGAAGUGA